AUGAACACAAAGCACAAAUUCUGGGAGCAGAUCAAGAAAGCCUCCCAAAAGGCUGCCAACGUAACCACAGCCCUAAGCAGACUCAUGGCCAAUUAUAGAGGCCCGAAAUCAAGCAAGCGUCGUCUAUUGAUGUCGGUGACAACAUCAAUUCUGUUGUACGGUGCCGAAAUCUGGGCAGAUGCAAUCAAAAUGAAAAAGUAUAGAAAGCGAAUGGCAGAGGUGCAAAAGCUGGGAGCGCUCAAAGUAGCUUGCUCUUACCGCACGGUUUCGGAGCCAGCUAUAUUUAUUAUAGCUGGAGUAAUACCAUUCGUUCUCCAACCCAGGGAGCGCAAGUACAUUUACCAGAAGAAGGCAGAAAUAGGUAAACUAGAGGCAAAGGGGCAAGGCAGAGCUUACAUAAUGGAGCAAUGGAGUGCGGGAUGGAGAGAAGACUCUAGGGACAGAUGA